AUUUUAUAUCCUUAAAUGGUUUCUCGUGUGGUCAAUACGGGGAGUGUGGCACGGGAGAGUGUAGGGCGUAUAGGGGUGAGUAAAGUGCGGGCCGGGUACGCAGCGGGCGAGGCGGUGGUGCGGGUGGCGAUCGGCGCUCCGCUGACUGUGGAGUGCGGACUUCGCGCCGAGCAGCGAGCGGAGUGGCGACGCGAUGGUGGCCCGCUGCCGCCCGGUCUUCGCGCUGAGGAGGAAGAUGGCGAGGCGCGCUUGCGUGCGCGAUUGCGAGCGUCGGCUGCGCGACCUCACCAUGCCGGGCUCUACACCUGCUCACCCGAGCGCGACCAGCGCGUCCGCGUACUCGUGCACGCGAACCCCGCAGCCACACACGCCGCGCCCGGUGAGGCCGCUCCGUCUGUCAGCGAGGUGAGCGGAGGAGACGGCAGUAUACUCCGUGACAGCGGAGAUAUACUCUUCGACGUGCGCUCCAAUAUUACGCUACGAUGUGACGCGGCUGCCGGUGGUGGUGCCGUGGCCUGGCAGAAGAACGGCACUGCACUCGAGGAAGUCUGGGAAAUGAAGGACCGCUACACCUUAGAACGCGGCGGAAUAGAGUUGCACGUCAAGCGUGCCGCAGAAGAUGAUUUCGGCAACUACUCGUGCUCGCUGCCUGGUCAAUCACCCGCGACUACCUGGGUUGUCCGGGCCCGUCCUCACCUCAAACUACCCGCCAACAGCAACGUAGUCGAGGGCCAGAAGCUCAAACUGACGUGCAAGGUGCUCGGAAAACCGUACCCACGUAUCGUGUGGAGCUACUCCAACUCGACCGAAGAAGGUGCGCGUUUCGAGCCCGUGACCGGGGUUAAUCUGAGUGACAGCGAGCAAGGAGUCGUUGACGGCACUUUAGUGCUGCCCGACGCAACACGCUCCCACGCAGGCCGUUACCGCUGCGAAGCUCUCGACGCGUUCGCGCCUGCCGAGACUCUGCUGCGCGUCAAGGACAAAUACGCGGCGCUCUGGCCCUUCCUCGGAAUCUGCGCUGAGGUGUUCGUACUCUGCGCCAUCAUUCUCGUGUACGAGAAACGCCGCACAAAGCCCGACCUUGACGAUUCCGACACGGACAACCACGACCAGAAAAAGUCGUAAGUUGUGGUCUGUGCGCGGAGAGGAAGCGACAGAGCACGCCUCCUUCCAUCAGUAUAUAAGUACAUACUGUUGUUUUAAGCAUAAAUUGUGUGAUUUACCAAAAAAUAUGUUCUGUUAUUUAGUGUGUGUAUUAGAAAACAUCAUUCGAAUUUGUAUAUAUUAAUAAUAGUAAAUGUUAUGUUCUAAUAAAAUUUAUUCUAUGUUUUGACUCGACAAAACAGAUAAUAUAAGCCUCAUCAUACACCUAUAGUAGUGUACUUAAUCAUGUGUUUUCACGUAAAUUAACCAGCUAAUAAAAAUCACUGCUAACACA